AAUCCAACCACUAGAAUAGACAGACGCGAUCCGAUGCGUACGAUUAUCAGAAUCCAGCAAGAGUGCUUCUUUGUGAUUUGUAGUAGGCCCAGUCUGAUCCAGUGCGUUGCCAGGACUGGAUCUCGAGUGAAUCGCGUCAUUCUACAGUCCAUUCCGGAUGCUCAUCGUCUCCACACCUGGGGCAUGCCAUCUAGGAUCACGUCCAGUCAGAAGAACAUGGUCGGGGAUUCUGGUGAGACAGGUCAUCUAACAGCUUUGUAGAUGAAUGCGUAGUGGAGCAUCGAUAUGUCAUGGCGCUGAGCAAAAAGCUUGAUGACUCUUUCAGUGCCACUUACAUACCUCCCCUGCACUGAUGAGUGGGCCUAUUCAGAGAUUGCUUCAAUCACGCCCACGCGGCA